UCUUCAAAACCCGCUCGCGCACAGAGGCAUCAAAGCGAAAACUGGUUACAAAGUAACAGUCGCGGCACGUCAUCAAAGUCGCUGCGGGAAACAUCAGAACGCGGGAAUCCCGCGUGUCCGCGCGCGCAACCAAAGAAAAACACGGGAAAAAGAGGAACUGACACGCGCCCCGGUCAUCACGUCCAGUUUCUGCGGCUGCUAGUGUUGCAUUCGCUUGAUGCCAUGCAGAUAUAAACCUUGUCCACGGUGUAGACAGACUCCACACACACACACACACGGAUUACUGAUCUUUAACACAAUCUACAGGCUGUUAUCCAGAACAGGAACAAGAGUUUGACAUCCUGUGUGUUUACAACGACAUGGGAAGACCCUCACCUGUCCAGUAAGAAUGUAUCCAUUGCACAGAGAGAGGGAACAGCCGAUCUACAGCACACGAGCUCAUGUGUUCCAGAUCGAUCCCGGCACCAAACGCAACUGGAUCCCGGCCAGCAAACAUGCGGUCACCGUCUCCUUCUUCUACGACGCCAACAGACACGCUUACCGCAUCAUCAGCGUGGGGGGGACCAAGGCGAUCAUCAACAGCAUGAUCAGCCCCAACAUGACGUUCACUAAGACGUCUCAGAAGUUCGGUCAGUGGGCCGACAGCAGAGCCAACACGGUCUACGGCCUCGGAUUCGCCACGGAGAAUCAGCUGCAUCAGUUUGCCGAGCGUUUUAAGGAGGUGAGGGAAGCUGCACGCAUGGCCAGAGAGAAAUCACAGGACAAGAUGGAGCUGAGCUCCGCCGCUCUCAGUAUCGCAGCUCCUCAGGACCUGUCUGAUGAGCUGCAGUCUCCUCCAGUGAUGUGUGUGAACGGGCCGGACGACAAGCUUUUCAGGAGUCAGAGCGCUGAUAUUACUCUGUCCUCGGAGAAGGAGCGCAUUAAAAAGAUGCUCUCAGAGGGGUCAAUCUGUGAGAUGAACCUGGAGGCAGAGCUCUUCACCUUACAGGACAGUAACUCGAAACUAGUGGCGGCGCUUCAUGAGGCAAACGCCAACGUGGAGCAGUGGAAGAAACAGCUGGCGGCGUAUCAGGACGAGACCGAGAGAUUACGCGACCAGGUGUCGGAGCUGGAGGCUCAUGGUGGUCAGGGACCCAGUGACAUGCUCAAAGAUGAACUCACUCAAUCCCUGGAGGAGCUGGAGAAUUUACUGAAGGCCAAGGAUGAGGAAAUCCGGAUUCUACAGAGUAAGAAGUCGAACUACCAUGAGCUGGAGAGAGAGAGAGAAGAAGCCGUACACAGACUACAGGAGUUGGAGAUGCGUAACAUGGAUCUGGAGCGGCGUGUGCAGAACGCAGAGCAGAACCUGUCCUCAGCGCUGGAAGAUCGCGAGCGCGCCGAGAACGAGGUGCAAAGAGUCGUUCAGAUCCUCGACGUCAAGAUCUACGACCUCAACGACCUUCGACAGAGUCUGGUCAAACUCAUCAGCAAAUAGUGUGAUCUGAGAGACACUCGGCGAGGGCUUCAGUAGUUCUGCUUCACUAGUUUCUGCAUUGACUCCAUCAGUCUCUUCUCUCUUCUCCUGCUUUGUUUCUUUUGCACUGAAAAACCCUUUCUGUUCAAACUCUAGCAAUAACGUCAGUGUCGGUCGAACAUGAACAGCGCUGUUACGGUACAGGAAGGGUGAGGGACGCUUUAUUUUUGAUACAUUUGUGAUGCGUCACGUCUUUACAGUAUCACAAGUAUUCAUUUUUAUUUAUUAGAGGUCACACAUCGUGAACAAUAGGGGGAAAUGAUUCACAAAUGCAUUGCAAAUCU